AUGGUUCAAAUGGGAGUUUCUACCACGCAAGGCGAGGAUGAACCCCAUCGAGUAAAACGUAGUAUUUCACAACCAUCUCCUUUCAAUAACUCUGCUCACAUCAAAGAACUAUUUGGAGACAUUAUCUCCUCCACUUUAAAGCUGUGUCAGUACCAAGGACAAUUGAAUGUUUGCCCUCGUGGUCGGCCGGGACUUCCAGGGAGAGCUGGACCCAAAGGUGACAAAGGAACUAAAGGCCCCCGAGGAAUUAUAGGAGCUCCUGGUCGGAGCGGAAAACCAGGAAAGAUGGGACAAUCUGGAGUAAGAGGAGAAAAGGGAAUUAAAGGAGAUAUCGGGCCACCGGGUAUCCCCGGUAUCCCGGGAAUUAAAGGGGAACCAGGAGAGUCUAUUUCGCCUCCAAAAGUGACAAUUUCUGCACCAAAACUAAUUGUCAACGAAACCAAAACAGCCUCACUUCUAUGCUCUGCUUCUGGAAAUCCCGCUGUUCAAAUAUCAUGGUCAAAGACCAAGGGAUCGUUGCCUAGAAACCGGACCAAAGUGGCGUCAAAUGGCCUAAUGCAGAUCACUAAUGUUGGCUUAGAAGAUGCGGGCGAAUACAAAUGCGAUGCGCGAAGUAUACUGGGAAAGGAUGAAAAAACUGCAAGUCUUGUUGUUCAAACUCAGCCCCAAGUUUCACUUUCUUCGGGCCCAACCUACGUUGAAGUGGGAAAGAACAUCACUCUACCAAAAUGUCACGUGAUAAGCUUUCCACCAGCAGUGAUUAAGUGGUCCAAAUUUAACGGUGGCUUAGCGCAGUCCAGGACUGUUGUGAAAGAUGGACAGCUGACCAUAAUACAUGCGAAAAUGGCAGACUUUGGUUCAUACGAAUGUAAAGCGUCAAACAUUUUAGGACAUGAUUCAGCUUGGACGCGCUUGAGUGUAUUUCAGCUACCGCGUUUUACAAAAACACCACCUGCACAGCUUUUUGUUGAGAAGAACAAAAGAAUUUCAGUCCUCUGUCAGGCUACUGGUCACUCUCCACCAAAAAUCACGUGGUUAAAAGAGAGAGGCAAUCUUCCUGUUGGCAGAUCACUGGUCAGUCAUGAUGGAACACUACAAAUCUGGAACACAAAAAAGGAAGACUCAGGCACUUAUAUCUGUACAGCAACGUCUAACAUAGUGCACAAGGCGGUCACUGGAAUGAAAUUGACUAUUGGUGAAUGUGUUCCUGUUGCUGUGGCAGACAAUGACACAAUUCCAGACAGCGCACUUAAAGCAAGCACAUUCUAUAGUACAUAUUAUCAUCCAUACCACGGCCGACUGAAUGAAACCAGGGGAAGGGGGGCGUGGUGUCCUCAGACUAAAUCUGAUAGAACAGAUUACCUCCAAGUUGAUAUGGGUGCAGAGCUGUCUGUUUGUGCUGUGGCUACACAGGGAGCACUGAUUCCUAGCGAAUGGAUCACCAGCUACAAAUUGGUUCUAUCCGCAGACGGUGUAACUUGGAAAACUUACAAGGAAUCAAAUGUAGAAAAG